AUGGAUGAUGAGCAAGAGAGGUUGCUGCCAAUUGCAAACGUGGGUCGGAUCAUGAAGCAGAUCCUUCCCGCAACAGCGAAGAUUUCCAAGGAGAGCAAACAAACCAUGCAAGAAUGUGCAACAGAAUUCAUAAGUUUCGUUACUGCUGAGGCAUCUGACAAGUGUCACAAGGAGAAUCGCAAGACUGUCAAUGGGGAUGACAUCUGUUGGGCUCUGAGUACUCUAGGGUUUGAUAACUACGCUGAGGCCAUUGUACGGUACUUAUAUAAAUAUAGGGAGGCUGAAAGGCAGAAAGCUAACCAAAACAAAGGAAUUAACAGUUCUCAAGACAAGCAGCUUGAAGAAUCAAAUUAUAGAAAUGACCAACUUGGGAAGCAAACUCAUGAAGCUCCUGCUCCAUUAGAGUUUAGAGCUAUUGAUGAGACGGGUGACCACUCUCAAGCAGAAGCGCCCUCUUGA